UUGGCAUUUUAUAUCGUGGCUAAUAUCCCGUCGAUUUCUUUUUCUCGCUCAGAUUCAGGCCCCCCAAACCAUGAAUCGCUAACAGAAACAAUAUUUAGCAUCUAAAAUCUGGGCAGGAAAAAAAAAAAUCCCCACAAGGAGGGAGGAACGAAGACAAAAGGGACAGCAACCAGAACACUCCCCAAAUGGAGAUACUCUCCAAAAUGCGCAAAACCCGCCCCUUCACCAGCAUGCUGGGCGCAGACCCCUCUCUCGACAGUCAACACUGCUUCGAAACGUCCUGGCUCCUCCCUCCCCUCCCCUACGCUAUUCUCCGCGGCCUCAUAUCGCUCUACAUCUUCGUGACCAUCUUCUUCAUCUGGGGCUGGAACGGCACCCAUGGCGAUCGCGACGCCAUCGGCCAAUCCUUCAGCUACUUCACCUGGCUGACGUACUGGGGCCUGGGAUUCUACCACGUAUUCGCAUGCAUCCAUACCACGUGCUACGCGCUCACAGGCCGCUCAGUGCUCUUCGACCGCUGGCCCCGCGGUCUGCGCGCCCUCCACAGCCUCUACUACACAACGAUCACCACGUUUCCGUUCCUGGUCACCAUUGUCUUCUGGGCGAUCAUCCAUCCGUCUUGGUUUGACAGAACAUUCAAUGCGUGGUCGAAUCUCUCCCAACACGGCCUCAAUUCCCUCUACGCCAUGCUGGAGAUCAUUCUCCCAGCGACUAAUCCGCACCCGCUGAUGACGUUCCCGUUCCUUGUCCUUUUGCUCCUCUUGUACGUCUCUCUCGCCUAUCUGACGUAUCAUACUCAGGGAUUCUAUACGUAUUCAUUCUUGGAUCCUGGGCAGCACGGUAAGAAGAGUGCAAAGGUUACUGCCUAUUGUUUUAUCAUUUUUGCAGCUAUUAUAAUCAUCUUCGUUAUUACUUGGGGCGUUAUUUGGUUGAGGAGGAGGUUGACCGGGGGCAAGGUGAAGCGGUCCAAGUUUGAUCGGGAGAGGCCCAUUGAGUUGCAGGAGGGGCGGGUGUAAGAUGGCGGGGGAGUUGGUGUCAAUCCAUAAAGUAUAAGUCGGGGUAAUGUGCUGUAAUAGCUAAUGUCUAGUCCAUGGAUAGAUAAUGAGAUUUGCUAGGAAGAGGUUGUAUGACCUGAUGCGUGAUAUAUAAAAAUGU